ACCCUAGCGGUCAUCAGUCUUAGCUAAGACCUCGAAUAACGAACACGUGGUACCGUCAAUGUCAACCCAAUUCUUGGCACUUAUUUAUUUAUAUGUAUUUACGUACUGUACAGUGACAGCUUCCUUACGAACUUUACCGAGUUGUUAAACGCGUUGUGGCCCACCGAGUACAACAAACAACCCCAAGGUACUCGACAAAAAGGUACUUUCAUGUGUGAUUAUAUUUUUUCAGUGCCGUUUUCCGCACGCACGCAAGUGCCUAAAUAUGGAUAACUUACUGUUAUUAUUAGUGUAGUGGUUUACUGCAGGAUUAUAACAUUCCGUUGUUUAGUGCGAUUUUGUUUUUUCGUUUCGUAUAAUAACGAAAUUCGUCCUCCGCGAUGCCGAAAAUAUUCUUGAUCAAAAACAGACUGCAUCAGCAACAACUGCGCUUGUUGGAAUCGCAGAAUGCAGCAGCUAACAAAAAUUCCUCGGAACUCGGAAAUAUUCUUGGAAACGAUCCACACCAACCGCUUCCAUUAAUCGUGCCGAAAAAAGACGAUCGCAACAAAGACAGUAAAGAUGACAAGAAAUCAAAACCCACUUCUUCACCUGAGGACGAUAAGCCAUCCCCUAGAAAAGAAACCUUACCUCCUAGGAGGUUCACGUCGUCAAUUCUUGGUGGAGAUAUACCAUAUGGAAGCAGAGGCCACGUCCUCACACGUGCCGAAAGAAAAGAAUAUCCUCCAAUCAUCCCACCAGACAAACUAAUCCUGCCUCUUACUAAGAAACCACCCGAACAAAUUCCGCAACCCCAAAACCUAGCACCCGUAAGAUGCUCCGUAAUUCAACGCACCCCAAAAGCAACAAAACGAGAAGAAGAUAAAGACACAAGACUGCAAUCGAACAUCGCCAUCCAAGAACCCGAACAAGAACAACCCAUCGACUACCACAUUCCAAAAAGGAAAGGUGAAACUGAAGACGAAGAUGAGGAAAGAAAAACACGAGAACAACGACGAAGUCGAUGCUCUAAGGUCAGUAGACCUCUGAUAUCGGUGAGGGCAAUAGUUGGGAAAUUACCGACAACCAUGUCAGCUGCCGCAGGUCACGGCAGGGGUAACAACGGUGCCCAAGGCGCUAAUGGGCAAACAUCGGGUAACUCUUCUGGAGGUAGUGGAUCUAUCAAUUUUGGAAGUACAUCAUCUGGUGGAAGCGGAGGGGGUUCGUUAGGCAGUGGUACGGGCAAUGGAGGAAUGAAUCCUGGCAGGGACGGCAGGCAAAAUUACGGUCCAAGUAGUCCACCUACCGGAAGCCUCCCGCCUUUUUAUGAAUCUCUCAAAGGGGGUAAUAGCGGUUCGAAUAAUUACAAUGCCGGUGGAAAUUUUUCAAACAACAACUACAACCAAAUGAAUUUGGGGAAUAUGGACUGCGACACCGGACAAGACGUCGAAAAUAUAAACGGAAAUAACUCUAACGCACCUAAACAGUAUUCUCUGUUACAAAAUGCUUCUUAUGGACUCGUUAUGAAAGACGAAACAGACCUAGAUGGAUACGAAAACAAAAUCGACCCAAUGAACAAUCUACUUCCUGCCUCUUACUCAGUUUACGAAGACUCGAUGAUGGUGGACAUGGUAACAGGAGCGGUGGUCGAUCCAUUACAAUUCACAGCCACCUUGACCUUCUCCAGUUCCGCUGAGCAUGCCCUCCUCGAAAGUCUUUCAGAUGCAACAGAUCUUUCGUCAUUCCUCCAAAGAUUACCGAACGAGGACAAUGAUAACGACGAAAUAAUCGGAAACGAAAUGCACUCCCCUUCAAUAACCCCCGAUUCCAAUCACCUCCAAUCGGUCGACCAAAACAUCGACUCAUUCUCAGAUCAAAUCCUGAGUAGAAAUUACGAAGGAAGUAGUCAAAGGGGCGGUGGUUACCAACCUCAUCAGUAUUCGAAAAUUUACCCCGAAUCCCUCCCUUCAUAUCAGUCUUCCGUGAGCAAUGACGUACAAAUGCAAAUGCAACAACAGAUGCUAUCGCCGGGACUCUCGUUCAACGGUAACGGGAUAGAAUUAGAUUCGCCCAGUGCAAUAUCGUUACCAUCGCCGGGAGCUGCCAGUUGUUCCCUGGAUGGAACGAGCCAAAACGAACGAAAUUCACUCAGUCCUGCUAGUGUAAGUAGUCGGCGAGAGUCAACGAGUAGUGAUACGCCUAAUUUGCAAGGAAGAGUUAGUCUUCUGCAGCAACGGUUGGGACUGCCGGCAGAAGUGCAACUUGAAUUCGUGAACGGUGGCCACGGGAUCAAAAACCCUUUGGCCGCAAAUCAGGAUACUCUGAGAGCGCGAACUGACGACAAAGUCAAAGUUGCCUCUAUCACAAACGAGGACGGUUCGUCCAGUUUUUGUUGUAGAGUGUGCAAUAAGACCUUCACUUUACAACGACUAUUAAACAGACACAUGAAAUGCCACUCUGACAUCAAGAGAUACCUUUGUACUUUUUGUGGCAAAGGAUUCAACGACACCUUCGAUCUCAAACGACAUACAAGAACGCAUACAGGAGUGCGACCGUACAAAUGCAAUCUUUGCGAAAAAUCGUUCACACAAAGAUGCUCAUUAGAAUCACAUUGCCUGAAAGUUCACGGAGUCCAGCAUCAGUACGCGUACAAAGAAAGGAGGGCAAAAAUGUACGUUUGCGAAGAAUGCGGUCACACAACAAACGAACCCGAAAUCCACUACCUGCACCUUAAAGAGAAACACCCCUACAGUCCGGCCCUUUUAAAAUUCUACGACAAACGUCACUUUAAGUUCACAAAUUCGAAUUUUGCGAACAUGCUGUUACAAGUGCGCACGUGAACUGGGCCGGCGUUGUUUUCAGAUAAGUCCUUUCCAUUUAAACGUAUUACUGUACUGUCCACGUCCAGUGACAUUACUCAGUGAAAAUAGUCAAUUAUUUUACACCAACAAGGUUUAUGUUGAGUGUAAUCUUUACUUGAAAAAUUCGGACGUUGUUGUUUAAAUUCAAAGUUUCUUUUCCAUCUUCUCCAACAAGCUAGCGUAUUUACUAAAGAAGGCUUAGUUGGUCGAAUUCCACAUUGUGACGACACAACUAUUUCGACCAACCGAAAUUUUGCAUUACUAAGCUAAGUACCUUUAGUAAAAUCGACUAGAUAGUCUGCUGAACACUACCAAUGAUAUAUUUGAUGAGUAUAUUGAGCUAGUCAAAUGACUUAUAAAGUAAAAGAAAACUUAGUUUACAAUUUUCUAAAAAGAAGUACAUACGUCGUUGCGUUGAUUGGCUUUGAUAUAUUCCUCAAUAAAUCAUUACAAAAGUGUUUAACGACGAUUUUUCUUCUGUGAUACUAAGAACUGAAAUGAAGUACCUUUUUUGCAUCACGUCUUGUAGGCAGCAAUAUUAUUAAAAGCAAAUAACAAGCAAUACUGUAGCCUGCGUUCGUUGUUCGCUGCAAGGAUCACAAUAAUACAUAAGAGCUAAGAUGACAACACUGCAAAUUUUUGGUACCCGAAACGAGGGGUAUCAAAGAAAAACCGAAAAAUCGUGAUCCAUAUAUUUUUUUAAAAAAGAACGGCUCAGCUACCACAAAAACGGCAGUGUAUCAUUUUGAUCGGGUUUUUUGUGCAAUCAGGUGUUAGGUUUUAUGGGGUAAUAAAUAAGUGUACGUAGAGUAUUUGGUAAACGACAGUGCUUUUUGCGGAACGAUGUUAGAAUUUAGAAAGACGAAAAAAUGACUUGAAAACUUGAUUAGUACAAAUUACUAUUUAUAAAAUAAUCAUCGAAAUGACGAGGAAAAUGAUUAACAUUCUGAAGGGAAACUAAAUAUUAUAAGAGCAGAUAUUUAUAAAAGUUUUUCUAGACUUUAAUAGGUUCCAAAACCAAUUCUGGUGCUUCAUAGUUUCUAAAGUAAAUCUAUGGUGCUACAGAAUUAAAUUGUUUUAUCUUUUAAUGUUUAUUAAACUCAUGAGUGUAGGUUUCGACUUUACUAGUGAUUAUAAUGUACUUAAACAAUCUUCUAGAGAAUGUACACUCUACUGCAUUUUAAUAUUAUUAUUAUUAUUAUUAUU